UUCAAUGUAUUGCUGUUUACCAAAUUGAUUUAGACUAAAGAUUGUUUUUGCUUUUUCUUUUUAAUUGAAAAAGAAAAUCAUUCAUAAUUAUAAAAAUAAAGGGAAGAAAGUGUUAAAUUAUUUUGGCUUAAAUUGGUGUAAAAUUAAAAUUGAAAUCACGUUAAUCUAUGGCUGAUUUGGAUGAUUUAUUCGAUUGUUUCAACCAUGAUGCUGAUGUUAAUUCUGUAAUGCCAUGUGUUCCUACUGUCGAAGAAAAGCUUUACUCUGACACAAGUUCAUCUAAGGAACAGUGGUGUGAAAAAAGAUCAUAUACUGAAUCGAACAAUGUAGAUAUUCAGAUCACUGCUGAAAAUGGUGAAUCGCCUUAUAAACGUUCAAAAAUUACAGAAUCAAUUUUGGAUGAUAUAUGCAUUGAAGAUUUAAAGUCUAGAAUUACAGUACAUGUUAUUGAUUCUCCAGAAUCAUGUACUCAUGAAGUUGCUGUAUAUCCUGAGCAUGAAUUUAUUCCACUAAAUCCAUUAUCAGGAGAGCCUGCCAAGCAGUACUCUUUUGUAUUAGAUCCUUUUCAGAAAGAAGCUAUAAUAUGCAUUGAAAAUGGUCAAAGUGUGUUGGUUUCGGCUCACACUUCAGCUGGUAAAACUGUUGUUGCUGAAUAUGCAAUUGCAAAAUCGUUGAAAGCUAAACAAAGAGUUAUUUAUACCACGCCUAUUAAGGCUUUGUCAAAUCAGAAAUAUAGAGAGUUUACUGAAGAAUUCGGGGAUGUUGGUUUGGUAACUGGAGAUGUAACAAUAAACCCAUCCGCUUCAUGCUUAAUAAUGACAACAGAAAUUUUAAGAAAUAUGUUGUAUCGCGGUUCAGAAAUUAUGCGUGAAGUUGGUUGGGUGGUUUUUGAUGAAAUUCAUUAUAUGCGUGAUAAAGAACGAGGGGUGGUUUGGGAAGAAACUCUAAUUUUAUUACCAGAUAAUGUGCGUUAUGUUUUUUUGUCGGCUACUAUUCCAAAUGCUAGACAGUUUGCUGAAUGGGUAUGUCAUUUACAUAAGCAACCAUGUCACGUAGUUUACACAGAUUACCGACCAACCCCUUUACAACAUUACAUAUUUCCAGCUGGUGGGGAUGGCAUUCAUUUAAUUGUUGAUGAAAAAGGACAAUUUAAAGAAGACAAUUUCAACACAGCAAUGUCAGUUUUAGCAAAUGCAGGGGAAGCUUCAAAAGGAGACCAAAAAGGUCGAAAAGGAGGAAUAAAAGGAAAAGACUCUGGUUCUACUAACAUAUUUAAGAUUGUGAAGAUGAUUAUGGAAAGAAAUUUUGCUCCAGUUAUAAUUUUUUCUUUCAGCAAAAAAGAUUGCGAAGUUUAUGCAAUGCAAAUGGCUAAAUUGGACUUUAAUACAAGUGAAGAAAAGAAGUUGGUUGACGAAGUUUUUAACAACGCUAUGGAUGUUCUGUCAGAGGAAGAUAGGAAAUUACCACAAGUUGAAAAUGUUUUACCUUUGUUAAGGAGAGGAAUAGGCAUUCAUCAUGGAGGCUUACUUCCUAUUUUAAAAGAAACCAUUGAAAUUCUGUUUGGAGAAGGAUUGUUGAAGGCUCUUUUUGCCACUGAAACUUUUGCUAUGGGAUUAAAUAUGCCGGCGAGAACAGUACUAUUUACUGCUCCUAGGAAAUUUGACGGCAAAGAUUUUAGGUGGAUUACAUCAGGCGAAUAUAUUCAAAUGUCUGGUCGAGCUGGACGAAGAGGCCUUGACGAUAAAGGGAUAGUUAUUUUGAUGGUUGAUGAAAAAGUAUCCCCAUCUAUUGGAAGAGGUAUAAUACAAGGAAAAGCUGAUCCUAUAAAUUCUGCAUUCCAUUUAACAUAUAACAUGGUACUAAAUUUAUUAAGAGUGGAAGAAAUCAAUCCAGAGUAUAUGUUAGAGCGGUCAUUUUUUCAAUUUCAAAAUCAGAGCAAAAUUCCUGAUUUGUAUCAAAAAGUACUUGAUCAGCAGUUAGAAUUGAAUAAAAUAAAAAUAAAUGACGAGCAUGUUGUAGCAUCAUAUCAUCAUAUUCGGGAACAGUUAGAAACUUUAGGCAAACAGUUUCGGAGUUAUAUUACAAAACCUGAGUAUAUGGUGCCCUUCUUGCAACCAGGACGCUUAAUUAAAAUCAAAACAGAGCUUGAAGAAUUCGAUUGGGGAAUAGUUGUAAAUUUUAAGAAACAAUCAGAUGAAAGCAAAAAUCCACUUACUUCUGAAGUUAACGUUAUUAUUGACGUUUUAUUGCAUGUGGCUGAAGGAUUUGAUAAGGAAAAAGAGCCAAAACCAUGUCAUUCUGGUGACAAAAAAGGUAGCAUGGAAGUUAUACCAGUACUCCAUAAACUAGUAGUGAAAAUAUCUUCUCUAAGAGUACAUUUGCCAAAAGAUUUGCGACCUGCAGAUAAUAGAAAAAGUUUAAUAAAAAUAAUAGACGAAAUUAAAAAGCGAUUUCCAAAGGGUCCACCUAUAUUAAAUCCAAUUACAGAAAUGAAAAUAAAUCAACCAGAAUUUAAACAAAUUGUUAAUAAUAUUGAAGGUUUUGAAAAGCGUUUAUAUGCUCAUCCUCUGCAUAACAAUAAGGAUCUCAAUAAAUUAUACACAAAAUAUAUCGAAAAAAUGUCUAUAAUGCAAAAAUUAAAAGCAGCUAAGGAAGAGUUAAGAGAGGCAAGAAGCUUGUUGCAGAUGGACGAACUGAAGCAUAGAAAACGAGUUUUACGCCGUUUAGGAUUUUGUACUGCUUCAGAUGUCAUAGAAUUUAAAGGACGUGUUGCUUGUGAAUUAAGCACUGCAGACGAGCUUUUAAUAACUGAAAUGAUAUUUAAUGGUACUUUUAAUAAAUUAAAUUCAAGUCAGUGCGUAUCGCUGCUUUCGACUUUUGUAUGCGACGAGAAAAGUUCAGAAAUACCUGCCUCUGCAGAAGAAUUAUCAGGACCUUUGCGGGAAAUGCAAGACUUAGCAAGAAGGAUUGCAAAAGUGUCUAAGGAAUGUAAAUUAGAUUUAGAUCCAGACUGCUAUGUUGAAAAGUUCAAACCGUUUUUAAUGGACGUUGUUCUAGCGUGGUGCAAAGGCUCAUCGUUUUUGAAUUUAUGUAAAAUGACUGAUAUAUUUGAAGGAUCAAUUAUACGUUGCAUGCGAAGAUUAGAAGAACUAUUGAGGCAAAUGUGCCAAGCCUCAAAAACCAUUGGAAAUACUGAUUUAGAAAAUAAAUUUUCAGAGGGAAUUCGUCUAAUAAAAAGAGAUAUUGUUUUUGCUGCUUCUUUAUAUUUGUAAAUUGUUCACGAAAAUUUUAAAUAAAAAUAUUAUAUAAAAUAUUA